AUGGGCCGGAUCACAGAAGAUCUUAUUAGACGGAAUGCCGAACACAAUGACUGUGUAAUUUUUUCCCUGGAGGAACUCUCCUUGCAUCAGCAAGAAAUAGAAAGGCUAGAACACAUUGACAAAUGGUGCCGGGAUUUAAAAAUCCUCUAUCUUCAAAAUAACCUCAUUGGAAAAAUUGAAAAUGUUAGCAAACUAAAGAGACUUGAAUAUUUGAAUUUAGCUUUAAACAACAUCGAAAAAAUUGAAAAUUUGGAAGGAUGUGAAGGGCUGACAAAACUCGACCUGACCGUAAAUUUCAUCGGAGAGCUGAGCAGCAUUAAAACCCUUCAGCACAAUAUCCACCUGAAGGAGCUGUUUCUCAUGGGUAACCCAUGUGCUGACUUUGAUGGUUACAGGCAGUUCGUGGUGGCAACUCUUCAACAACUAAAGUGGUUGGAUGGUAAGGAAAUAGAGCGAUCAGAAAGGAUUCAGGCAUUGCAGAAUUUUCCAGUAAUUGAACAACAAAUCGGAGAGCAAGAGAGAGCUUACUGCCUCAGACGAGCCAAAGACAAGGAAGAGGCUCAGAGGAACCUGCGAGAAGAGGAGGGAAAUGAAGCCAAGGGGAGAAGUUACCCAGGCUUUGAAGGACGGAGGUACGCAGACAUCAGGGGCUACUCUACCCCAUUUUCAGUAGAGAGCAAAGACCACAUCCAGGCAGCAGAAGGACAGGAAGGGGAAUGCAACCAAAAGAAGUUCAAGGACAGCGAAGAUGACCUGGAAUUCUGGAACAAGCCCUCUUUGUUUACUCCUGAAUCUCGAUUGGAAACACUUAGGCAUAUGGAAAAACAACGGAAGGACCAAGAAAAAUUAAGUGAAAAGAAGAAGAAAGUGAAACCACCCAGGAUUUUGAUCACUAAAGAUGGGAAAGCCUUGAAUGUAAAUGAUCCCAAACUUGACUUCUCCUUGAAAGAUGAUGAAAAACGUAACCAGAUCAUCCUGGACCUUGCUGUCUAUAGGUAUAUGGACACCUCUUUGAUCGAUGUUGAUGUGCAGCCAACUUAUGUCCGAGUCAUGGUCAAAGGAAAGCCAUUCCAGCUUGUCCUUCCUGCAGAAGUCAAGCCUGACAGCAGCUCUGCCAAACGGUCUCAGACGACAGGGCAUUUGGUGAUCUGCAUGCCCAAGGUAGAUGGAGUAAUCACAGGUUGGAGACAAACAUCAAAGCCUGGGGAAAGUACCUUGGACAGCAGCAGAGAGCACACAAACCAAAGAAGCAAGCAAAUUGAGAAACUAGAAGUAGAUCCUAGCAAGCAUUCCUUCCCUGAUGUGGCUAACAUAGUUCAAGAGAAAAAACACAGGCCCCGAAGAGUUCAAUCUGAACCCAAAAUUACAGCAAGUGAGGAAGAUCCCGACUUUGAAGAUAACCCUGAAGUGCCUCCAUUGAUUUGA